AUGGAUCACCUGCUGAUGGUGUUGGUGUUGCUGUGGAGUUCAGGACUCCAGGCUGAAGAUAAACACCAACCAACAGGUUCUCAGUGUGAAAGCACAGCCAAGGCUGACAUCGUGCUGUUGGUCUGUGAAUCCAAGAGCACCACCUCUGAAGACCAUGAAAACAUUAAGUCCUUUCUAACUCAAAUAGUCAACAACUUCAACAUCGGCCCUGACAAAGUCCAGAUCGGUCUGGUUCAGUACAGUGACCAAUCAGUGACCGAAUGGUACCUGAACGCCCACCAGACCAAACAAUCCCUGCUGGAGGCCAUAGCCAACCUGCAACAGAGAGGAGGACACUACUACAACUACACAGGUCUGUCAGCGGUGGAAAGUGAAGCUGUCAGUGAAAUAGUAGAGUUACAACAGAAAUUGGAUGAAUGA